GGUAGAGUACGCACGUGCCUCAACUCUCGGCGCCCAACACGCGAACGCGAAUUCGGAUAACUUUCAAAGUUGUAAAAAGUGUGUAACUUUGUUAUUCCAGUUUUCAGUGAAUGUGCAAAGUGUUGUGAUAUAGAAGAGUGAUUUUUCGGAUUGUUGUGUUGUUGUUUUGGAGUUCCGCUGUUCGUAAACAGGUACUCCGAAGUAUGAGACGAUGAGCCAUGGAAUCACGCAGCGCGCCGCCGAGCCCCGACGAGUCUGGGGAGGCGGUGUUCGACUCCCGGUGCGGGCGCUACCAGCACCAGCCCUCGCUGCAGAGAGCCUUCGCCAGCUGCCGCGAGAGCACCCGACCGCGGGCCCACCACCGCCAUGCUGCUUCGGAGCCCGCGCGCCCGGACGACCGGGUCCUCACCACGGCCGAAGUGCACGACUACCCCUCCUCGGAAUCCGGAAUAGCGGCCGACUGUCCCCAUCCGCACUCGAGCACCGCCGACGACAGCCCCUGCUACGAUAGAUCCGACUACGAGGGGAACUCCAACUACAGCUUUAGGCAUAACUUCCAUCACACGGUCGACUGUGGUAAACACAGGUCGGAGUUCAACCGAAGCCACACGCCCGAGUACAGUCACGAUCACUCCGAGUACGAUAGAAAUCACCAGAGGUCGCAAACUUCGAGAAGACCGCACAGAAGGUACAGGCGCGAGGAAGACGAUGGCGCCCAUUCUCUCGACGAGAGAUGCGCGCAGGAUCUCGACGAAAUACUGCCCGCUAGAUUAGCUGCAAUGAAUUUGUCCAGGGAACCUCCGCCACAAAAUUGGAACCGAAGCAACAUAGCCGCCACGAUGGAACGGUUCGAGCCCGUCGACUACUCGUAUGCGUACUACGAUCAUCACUUAUCCAUGCCAUCUUCCUCGAGGAAAGUAAAUCGUCAGCGCGGUCGCGCUGGGACCUCUCGCGACCGGUCUAUGCGACACAACUACGUCACACGAUACGGUACGGAAGAAAAUAUUUAUGAAGAAAUAACGGACGGUUCGAGGACGUGUCCGAAGCACAGAUUCGCUCCUCGUCAGUCGUUAGUUUCACUCGACAGGAGUGUCGUCGAGGAGGAAGUGAGACGAGUGGAAUCGAGGCAUAAAAGAAUUUUAGGGGAGUUAAAUUUAAGUGUUGAGGCAAUGUUGAUGCCCGAAUGUGAGUCUCCCGAUUCGGAAAGGGCGGAAGACAGAGACAAUAUAGAGGAGUUGUUAAGAGUUGGGCCUACAGAUGAACUGUUAUCUCCCGCUAGUUGCAAUCCCCCAGACUUAGAUAGUGGGUUCAGUGGCAGUAGUAGUGGAGCGAGCUACGUAGGCAGCCUAAGGCGGAAGCCUACCGGAUCCGUUCCUCAUUUACCGGCAGUGGCCUAUGGGACGAGAGGUGCGGGUGUAAGGAUUUUGGGUGCCGACGACUGUAGCCUACGUUGCCCUAGAGACGUCCAAUCACCGAGAAGCUCGAGUUGUGGAGACGCCAAGAACACAGGCUUCUGGAAUAAAAAGUCUUGGAAGAAGAUAUCGGGGUUCUCAAGUUCCAAUAGUAUCAACAAGGCCGGACUGACUGAUGAGACAUCUAGGCCAAGCAGAGCUAAAUCCAGAACUGCCACUAUCCCGUACAGGUUAAUUUUGCGAAUCUUCUCCAACGGAAAACUGGUGGUGCCGGUGGAUUCCCUGACGCAGAGUUGAGGGGUCCAGCGCCCCUGUAAUGGCCGUCUCCAAAUCCUCCGAAGGGCUGCUGACUACAAAUCGGCGACGAUAAAAUGAACGUUAUUGAAGAUUGCGUUUUCAGCAUAUUAUGUAAAUAAGUCUGCAUAUUGUGUAUUUAUAUUGAACAUAUUUAUUUCUGGUAUUGUCCUAAACUUUGAAACAAAACAGUUUUCGACAAAAAUUAUUCGCAUCACCUUUUUAGGAAAAAUGAAGAAUUACUAAUGUCUAGACCAUAAAGUUAAUAUACCUAGCGGAAUAGAGA